AUGGAAACGCAUGGCAUUCAGCGCAGUGAUGCGCAACAAGAACAGUCUGAUUCUUCGGCGGAGAAGAACCCUGUCGUCGUCGAUAACAUGACUAUCAGAUCGAGGCCGGAGAGUGCGAAUCGUGCCAAGACGGCCUUGGAACGGGUCAAGCAUGCGUUUUGGACAUUUGGCAAGUUUGUUGGGCCGGGAUUCAUGAUUUCUGUGGCGUACAUCGACCCCGGCAACUACGCCACCGAUAUCGCAGCUGGUGCAUCCUACCAGUACAAACUUCUCUUCAUCGUCCUCUUGAGCAACCUCUUCGCUAUUCUCCUGCAGUCGCUAGCCAUCCAACUCGGCACAGUCACAGGCCUGGAUCUUGCAUCAGCAUGUCGUGCGUAUUUGCCACGCUGGUUGAAUUACUUGCUGUAUGGCCUGGCUGAAGUUGCCAUUAUCGCGACGGACAUGGCCGAGGUUAUAGGUACCGCCAUUGCACUGAAUCUUUUGAUCCCUAAACUGCCUCUUGUUGCGGGAUGCGCAUUGUCUAUUCUGGACGUCAUGGCCAUUUUGAUCUUUUAUAGGCCGGACGGCUCGAUGAAGGGUUUGAGGUUGUUUGAAAUGUUUGUCUGUCUACUUUAUCAGGCUUGUGGUAUUCUUGGAGCAACCGUCAUGCCGCACAGUUUAUACCUAGGCUCUGGUAUUGUCCAGCCCCGUCUGCGAGAGUUCGACACCAAACACGGCCUUAUACCAGAACAGCCGGUCUCUGCUGCGUCUUCCGCUACCACCGACGAAUACCUUGACAAGGGAAUAUAUAUCCCAUCUCAGGCCGCCAUCAAACACUCGCUCAAGUACUCCAUCACCGAACUGGCCCUUGCACUCUUCACCUUUGCUCUCUUUGUCAACUCGGCCAUUCUCAUCGUAGCCGGUGCCUCUUUGUAUCAAAACCCUGACGCGCUCGAAGCCGACAUUUUUGGCAUCCAUGACCUGCUGGCAAAGAGCAUCUCGCCUGCCGUGGGUACAAUCUUUGCCCUAGCCCUUCUUCUAUCUGGCGUAUCAGCAGGCAUCGUGUGCACCAUUGCAGGCCAGUUGGUCAGCGAGGGUGCCAUCAGGUGGAAACUCAAGCCGUGGCUCCGUCGGCUCAUUACUCGCUCCAUCAGUAUCACCCCAUCGAUUAUCAUUGCCGGAGCAGUAGGGAGAUCUGGGCUGAACACGGCCCUGACAGCGUCACAAGUGGUCCUUAGCUCCGUGCUGCCAUUUGUCACAUUGCCACUUAUUUACUUUACCAGUCGAUCAAGAUACAUGACUGUUUUGCCGGGAAUGGCACGAUACUACCAUGAGGCUGAUAACAGAGGUCGGCCUGUUGCAAAUAGUGCUGCUGGUGUCAACAUGGCGAAUCCGUGGUAUAUUAUUAUUUUGGGAAUACUGGUGUGGUUAGUCAUUACGGUGAUGAAUGUGGCCAAUUUGGUUCUAUUGGGUUUAGGAAAGAGUGGUUGA